UUACCUGGGUUCUUUAUUGCAUCUUUCAUUUUGAUGACGUAUGAAAUGGAAAAUUGAACUUUCCCGAGCUCUUGCAUACCUUCGAAGCCAAGUUUUGUGGUUCUUGGAUUUCCCCAUGGUUAUGAGAAUGCUGAAGCCGAACGUCAUUUCUUCCUGAGUUCAUUCAUUAACCUUAGAAUCACUUGCAUAUUCCUACAAAUCUCUGUUUUCUGGGUGGAUUAGAAGUGAUUUAUUCCAGUUUUGAAGCCCAUAAUAUAGAUUUUUGCAAUUCUUCCUUUCAAGUUUCUUGAUUUCUUUGAGAACCGCAUGGUGGAUACUGGAGAUGGCAAGCGAAGAUUCCCAAAUAUAUCAUGAAACUCAAAGGCUGCAGUAUUGCCUAAUUCAUUGCCUGAACAAUCUUUUUCAGGAAAAGGAUGCCUUUACUCGGGGAGGCUUGAAUGCAAUUUCUGAAAAACUUACGUCCGAUGAUCCUGAACGAGCAGACUGGACGCCAUUAUCAGUUGUUUUUAAGCCCCAUCAUAACGUCCUGACUGGAAACUACGACGUAAAUGUUCUGAUUGCGGCCUUGGAAGAGAGAGGGAAGAGUGUAGUCUGGCAUGAUCGUCGUAAUGGAGCUUCCUCCAUUGAUCUCAAUGCACCUGAUGAAACUUUAAUGGGGAUUGUGCUUAAUGUCCCAGUUAAGAGGAUUCUUGGCCUUUGGAAAAGCAGACACUGGGUUGCAUUGAGGAGGAUUGAUGGGGUGUGGUAUAACUUGGACAGUGAUCUUGCUUCACCAGAACCUUUCAAAGAUACAGAUGAAGUUUGGGGGUAUUUGGAUGCUGUCAUUGCUUUUGGUGGUGAGGUUUUGCUUGUCAUGAAUGAGAAACAGUCGUGAAACCCUUCACCCUUUUUGGCUUUAGUUGUUUUAAUGCAAGCUUGACUGUAGAUUGUGUUCAUUUGUGUACAGUACUAGCUUGAUGAUGGGUUUUUGGAGUAUACAGCUACACAACUAAAAGAAAAAUCUUAGCCCUGUUAAUAACAGGAAAUCAUCAGGGCAAUUUUGUUUGUGAAAGAUAUUUCAAUAAUAAGCAAUAGAGGGUUCCCAGAAGGUUAGCCCUGGUGAAUGCUUUGACUUGAAUUGUCUCUCAGCUUGAAGCAUUUCCUAUCACUGGCAAGGUGUUUUGACUGGUUCUCUUGAAGAAUAAAUUUCAGGGAUUUGUGUGAUUCAUAAUAUUAGAUAUCGUUGUUCAUGUACAUAGAACUUGAUCAACGGAUCGCUGACAAUUGAGAUUUGUAUAUCAUCUUCAGGCAGAUAUGAUGCAAUCAUGGAAUUUGACUGUAAUCCACACAUUGUGGUUGUUGAUAUUUGAAUGAAAAUCCUUCCAAUAAUCCUUUGUCAA